UCAGGCCACUGAUGUUUGUCCCGACUGAUCCUAACCGACAUGUCACACUGCAUCAUCAAGCCGUCAACGAUGUCCAUUCCGUCCUUAUUUCUCGUCUUUGGGACCUUUUUCAUAACCUUGCGAUUAUCAGAAAAAGUUUCAGCCUACAAAGGUCACGUGAGAGAUGAGAUGCGUCUGCACGACCAGCUGUUUGCAAAAGAUGGCGGGUACUACCCGCACAUUAUCCCUGUCGCCAACACAACUCAGCCGGUGAUGGUCAAAAUUCGGAUGACGGUUGAUUCGAUUGUUGAAGUGAAUGCUGUCGAAAAGAGUCUUCUGGUGCAGGCAACUGUAGCACUGCAAUGGAACGACUACCGUCUGCGGUGGAAUCCGACUGGCUACAGUAGUAUUGCCAAGAUUCGCCUUCAAGCUAAUAAAUUAUGGUGGCCUGACAUUGUCCUUUCCAAUGGGAUGGACUCCGCGCCGUUGAAACCACAUCCAAACUCCUUGGCUCUCGUAACCAAUGACGGGAAAGUGUCCAUCACAAUGCACCAACGACUAAAAAUCAUCAACUGCAACGUGGAUCUGACGCUUUAUCCGUUUGAUCGACAUUCAUGUGAAUUCAUGUUCAUAUCUUGGUCUUAUGAUGGAUAUAAGGUGGACUUGGACUUCGACACCGAUAAAUCAAUCGGUCUCUAUUUCUUCCGACGCGGAGAAUGGAACGCCAUCGGGUCGAACGCAGUCAAGAAGACAAGUUUCUACGCAUGCUGCGAGGAGCCUUUCCCAAGUUUGAGAUACUACAUUCAAUUCGAGAGAACGGCGACCGUCUUGAGUUGGGUUUUCGUCGCCCCUGCUGCUUUCUUUGCUCUGACUAUUUCCUUUGUUUUGUUUACAAAGAGAGGGAUUGACGAUCCCACUGCUGGGUUAUUCUCGAGUAUGCCAGUGUGUAUCUUACUUAUUUUGGCAAUGUUGAAGCAGCAUUUUGCCUCUGAACAGACUCCUCUGAUAAUCGUUUUUUAUGUAUUCUGCCUCCUGGUUAUGGCCGUUUUCCAAGCAUUCUGUACCCUCUUCAACAGUAUUUUCUCGGGUGACAGCAAACCGUCAUUGGGUUGCUUAUCCUGCUUAUUCAAGAUGUGUUCUUGUUUCGGCUGUUGCAGACGAAAGAAACUCCCACGACCACAAGAAGACAUUCCCCUUGGGCGGGUGCAGGUAGCCGUCGCAGACGAUACUGAAUAUAUUCGCUGGAAGUGGGUGGUGGUUGCGAACGGAGUGAAUCGUCUGCUGUUUUUGAUAUUUAUUGGUGGGACAAUCGGUAUUGUCGUGAAAGGGUUUAUAUGAAGACAGAAAAUGUUGCAACUUGGAGUAGUCUAUGGAUGUUCAUCUGAAUAAGAAAUGCAGGUUUCAAUACGUUCCAAUUAGGGCGUGACGCCUGCAGAGAAAGACUAGGGCCCGAAAUAAAGAUGUGCUAUAAGAUUUUAGUCUAAAGCCUUUCGUCACUUUAGUCAUUGAACCUUCUUCACCGAACAAUAGAUUCGGACUAAAUCCAGGGGAAGUAAGUU